UCAUGUGCAGUCAGGAUACAGAGGGGAAUCAGACCAAGCAACAGAAGUCCAAGAGGUGUAAAAAAGACACAAGGGAGACCUCUGACUCCCAACUGGAAAAUUCUUGCGUUGUAAAAGAGAGCAACCUGGAUGAUGCGGUUGGAACAGUUACCCUAAAGAAGAAAAGAAAGAGAAAGCACAGCUCCAGUGAACAAGAUGAUGUGAGUGAGUGGUAUAUCCCUAAGACUCCAGAAGAAGCCAGCAGUUUACCUGAAGCAGAUCACUUGGAAGAGGUGGGUGGCAGCUGUGAAAUCACAACCAAGAAAGAGGAGGAGGUGGUAGCAAAGGUAUUGUCAAAUGAGCAGGUUAAAGCCAAAGAAGCCUCUGUUGGUAGGCCUGACUUUGCAAGUGAUUUAAAGGAGUCACAGGAAUAUAUUUUUGCAUCCACCUCUCAGGCACCCCCAAAACCUCAAGAUGGAGUUUUUUUGCAGAAUAGGAUUGGGGAAAAGCUGUCCAUUCUAGACUCUUCUGCUAGACUGAGCAGCCCCACUGCACAAAAGAAGCUCUGCAAGCAUAAAAAACAACCCAGCAUAUCUUCCCCCACUGGUAAUUCAGACGCUACUAAAGACGGUCUCUUAGUGACGGGCACUGUGGAGGCGGAUGGAAAUCACAACAACUCACAACUAUACCAUAUCAGGCAGCAAAAAUCCCCUGUAUGUGGGCAUACAGAUGGGACAGCAUCAUCAUCUUCCAAUGAUCCAAUUUCUGAACCUCUUAUAUUGGACAAGGGAUUUCUAAAAUCCCCAGAUUUUCCAAUGCAGAAUAGGCAGACCAUCAUCCAGGAACUGGAGGAGUUCAUCCCGCAUGUGAGGACGCUCUCGGAUUCCUCAGUCAAGCAACUGGCCCUAAGAGACCUGCCUAGAUUUAAACAUUUUAAGAAACAAGGCAUCUCAGUGAGAUUUGGUAGGUUCUCCAAACAGGAAAAUGAGCUGCUGAGGAAAAACAUGGAGGCCUUCUUGGAAGAGAGUGGAAUCAGCAGUGCAGAAAAGCUCUUGUUUUCCGACAGAUUUCCUGAAGAGCAUGCCCACCUCACGAGGCUGAAACGUGAUAGUUUGUUUGGUCUAAAGAUUGCUCAAGGAAUUCCACGACCUUGGAGACUUGUCUAUUACCGAGCAAAGAAAAUGUUUGAUCCUCGGAAUUACAAUGGAAAGUAUUCUAAGAAAGAAACGGAAAAUCUCAAAAAGUAUCAAUCCCUACAUGGCAAUGAGUGGAAAAAGAUGUCAGAGCUGAUGAAUCGAAGCAGCCACUCGCUCCAUCUGAAGUACGACGAAAUGAAAUCUAAAUUUAACUCCGGUGCUUGGAGUAAAGAAGAGAUCAAGAAAUUACUUGACACGUUGAAGGAGAUCCUGUGGGCUAAAGUUAAAGGCCUGGACUCCACCCAGAAGCCAAAGAAUACGGAUCAAGCAAUGUUGCUUCGCGAAAACCUCUACAAGGGCAUCCCAUGGUUUCAGGUUGAAGCCAAAGUGGGAACCAGGAGAUGGAAACAGUGUAAAAGGAAGUGGUUGUACAUUGUGACCAGGAAGAUGUCCCAUGGGAUGAUGAAGAAUCAUGGCCUUGAAAACCUGAAGUUCAAGAUUAAUUUCAUUGAAAGAUUGUAUGAACUAGAUGUUGAGGACAUAGAAGACGUCGACUGGGAUGACCUCUCCCGCAUCAUAGGGAAUGUCCCUCCAGACUAUGUGAGAAACAGAUUUUACAAAAUCAAGAGUAUGUAUGUCCCUCAAUGGAGGAAAAAGACCUUUUCUGAGAUUAUUGACUACCUCCACAAAAAUAUACUGCCGAAUUUAAGAUCCAAAGUAGCAGGAACGGAGACAAAAGAAGUAGCAACGGAGGGCGGAGGCUUGAAAACGGUCUUCAAGUUCAAUGAGAUUUUUCAGGAUGAUGAUGACUUAAUUGAUGAUGAUGAAGAUGAGGAGGAGGGGAGAAACCAUUGAGAGGAGGCAUCACUGAAUGAUGCAGUUCAGAGGAACUCAGUGAGUUCGUGACAUGUUUAUAAUAUUGCCCCUGAGGUAAAAGGAAAUUCUUUAGUGAAAAGAAGUAAAUCUGUUUAUGUCUUUAUAGAUUAAUAUGUGGCUGUUGCUGCUUCACAUAUAUUUUGUUAUAAGAGAUGUGAGAUGUAAGAAGCUGCUGAGUUUCUCUUGCUGGAAAUGUCUCAGCAGAGAGCCUUCCACCAAUGCACAUGGAACUCCUUUGCUACCUCUGUAUAGCACAGGAGGGCCCAAACUUUUGGAAUUGUCCCCAUAAAAAUCAUAAAACCUUGCCCCAUAAAAAAUUGGGAGCUUGCCUCAAAUGACUCCUAAGGUCUCUCAGUGUGUGAGUUGAGGGCAGUUUCAUAAUGUUUUGUGUUCUCUAGACUAUUCUUGGGUAUAAAAAAAUGUUAAAAUGUGUGGCUUUGGGGAAAUUUGAGAUGGAUUGUCCCCCCCCCCCCAGUCAAAAGACAAUGGAAGGGGUUAUAGCCCACAAAUGUGGUGCCUGGAGCAGAACAUGGACCAUGGGCUGAAUGUUCCCUCCCUACUUGGGCACAGAACAAUGGUGUUCCCUUUUGCUCCAUGCAUCUGUCCCUUUGCUGGAGGUUUUCUAGUACUGGAGGAACAGCAGUGGGGAGGAGGAGCGUGAGUGGUACUCCCUUGGAAUAGCCCCAACACUCGGGGCCAGAGAACAUUUGGCUCUCCCACUCUUUGGGGCUGCAGGUCCAACAGUCUUUCAGAAUUGGCAGCACUAGCUGGAGCAUCUGGCUGGAAGAAAAGAUCCACAGGACCAGAAAUUGUCUGCCCUCCUGCAGUAUGGCUGGGAAAUCUGGCCCUCCCAAAUACUCUUGGACUCCAUUCCCCAUCAUCCCUGAACACAGUUGGCAGUAGGCAGCAGCCUACUCAGUGAAGAAUGCUCAGAGUUGCAGUUGUUCCAGCCAACUUUGUCAAGCAUCCUGUCUCCAAGGACUAGCAGGGGAGGGGGGAGGGGGGCAGGCAUUGGGGAUUUUCAGAUCUGGGCAGCUUUCUCCCAAGGAUAACUUUGCCUUACUUCCUUCAUAGCUAUCCAUUUUUCCUCCUGUUAUCUCUCUGCCACACAGCCUAGCCUGGCAUAGUUACACCUCAGAAUCUUGGUCUAGGUCUGGACUGAGCUUCAUGACCUUCCCAUUGUUCUGUUUACAAGUGUUUAAAAAAUAAGAAUAAAUACUUGUAUAAAGAUAAUUAUCUUUCAAAGAUGUUUUCUGAAAAAAUUUAAAAGAUGUUUAAUAGAUGUUUAGAAAUUAAGUUAUUUUUGUACACUAUUGUA